GGCCUCUGUGGAGGCGGAACUACUAUGUCAGGGGUCGUGGUUGUCGGAGAUAAGUCGUGGACGGAUUGACAGUAGGCGGGACUUCCGGCCCCUGUUCCGUCAGCUGCCUUCCCGGGCGUCUCCCCGCAACCUCCACAACUUCCCUUGUCAGUGACUCGGCGCCCGGCAAAGACCCGACGGGACAAGGGUCGGAGAAGCUGCAGUUAAAAGAAGAUGGAUGCACAAUGUUCAGCCAAAGUCAAUGCAAGGAAGAGGAGGAAAGAGAUGCCCGGACCCAAUGGGGCAACAGAAGAAGAUGGAAUUCCUUCAAAAAUGCAACGCUGUGCAGUUGGCUUACGGCAACCAGCUCCUUUUUCUGAUGAAAUUGAAGUUGACUAUAGUAAGCCCUAUGUCAGGGUAACCAUGGAAGAAGCCAGCAAAGGAACUCCUUGUGAGCGACCUGUGAGAGUGUACGCGGAUGGAAUAUUUGACCUGUUUCACUCUGGUCAUGCCCGGGCUCUGAUGCAAGCAAAGAACCUUUUCCCUAAUACAUAUCUCAUUGUGGGAGUCUGCAGUGAUGAGCUGACGCACAACUUCAAAGGCUUCACGGUGAUGAACGAGAAUGAGCGCUACGACGCAGUGCAGCACUGCCGCUACGUGGAUGAGGUGGUGAGGAAUGCCCCCUGGACCCUGACACCUGAGUUCCUGGCAGAGCACCGGAUUGAUUUUGUAGCCCAUGAUGAUAUCCCUUACUCUUCUGCUGGGAGUGAUGAUGUUUAUAGGCACAUCAAGGAAGCAGGCAUGUUUGCUCCAACACAGAGGACAGAAGGUAUCUCCACAUCAGAUAUCAUCACUCGAAUUGUCCGGGACUAUGAUGUGUAUGCGAGACGGAACCUACAGAGGGGCUACACAGCAAAGGAGCUCAAUGUCAGCUUUAUCAAUGAGAAGAAAUACCACUUGCAGGAGCGGGUUGACAAAGUAAAAAAGAAAGUAAAAGACGUGGAGGAAAAGUCAAAAGAAUUCGUUCAGAAGGUGGAAGAAAAAAGCAUUGACCUCAUUCAGAAAUGGGAGGAGAAGUCUCGAGAAUUCAUUGGAAGUUUCUUGGAAAUGUUUGGUCCAGAAGGAGCACUGAAACAUAUGCUGAAAGAGGGGAAAGGUCGGAUGCUGCAGGCCAUCAGUCCAAAGCAGAGUCCCAGCAACAGCCCUACUCGGGAACGCUCCCCCUCCCCCUCUUUCCGAUGGCCCUUCUCUGGCAAGACUUCCCCACCUGCCUCCCCAGCAAAUCUCUCCAGGCACAAGACUGCAGCCUAUGAUAUCAGUGAGGACGAAGAAGACUAAUUUUUUCUCCCUCCUUUCCUCUCCCCUCCCUCUGUCCCAUCGCCUUCAGAAGCUCUCUGUUGAAUUCCAAAUUGUGAUUCCCAACACUAAACCUAAGGACAGCUACAAAAGAAAGACAACUGGGGCAAGAGGACCUAGGAAUGGGAGAAACAAAACAGCCCAUCCUCCACAAGACAUCCUUCACCCACACCAAGAAGGAGGCUGCCUACACCUUAGAAGCCUGUUCUGCAUCCAUCGACCCUCCCCAACGAUUUUGUUUUACUGUUGAUGUUCAUGUGAUCUUGACAGGGAAAUCUUCAUUUUUAUUAAUUUUGUAAAAAUUAGUCUUUCAAAUAUAGGAAGUAGAACUAAUUUUUUGCCCCUGAGGAGUGGGCAGAAGAAGGAAGUAGUGUAACAUGCAGAGGCCUUUUCUUCCUGAUACACCAUAGUGUUUGCCUUCUGUUCCAAGGCAACAUGGCUUGCCAAGUCCUUCACACAAUGAGCCAUGCUGAUGGGUAAUUUGGGUUGAAAUAUCAUAAUUUUGAUUUCCUUAACAAAAAGCUACAAGCUGAAUUACAGUCACAUCUCCCCUAAAUGUACUGCUGGCACGAGUGUCAGUGUGACUGUGGGAAGAAGGAGAUCUGAGCCUAACUUUUCUUACUCCCUGAGGAGUUUCUUGUUGGACCCAAUGGGGUCCAUGAAGACACUGAUGGGGAUGGAACCAGACCACAUGGCAUCAACUGCAGUUUCUGCUGUGUUCAUCUUCUCAGAAAAUCCUGUUGCCCAA